AGCGGGAUCGAGCACUGUCACUGUCUUGCUAUGUUGCGGUGAUCUUCGUAUUCACCCUCCCUCUUCCUUUUCUUUCUCUUGUCCUUCUUCCUCUGGCUCCCCGCUCGCAAGUAUCCCCAGGUUUUGGCUUAGCCGCCUAGCCGCCUCUGACUUGCCGUGUUUUCCAACUUCUACACCAAUCAAUCUCUCUAAAUCACGAACCUGACUCGAUGCUCCAGACUCGUCGCUUUUGGAUGAUCCUUCUGCAUCCCACAAUGGGGUAUGGACACACACCUGGCCUAGUGUCGAGACUCUACGACUCUAGCGUUCUCAAAAUGGCCCAGCACACAGGUGGAUGAGGCACAUGUGUCAAGCCGAUGGUAUUGGCUGACUAUCACUUGCCCUCUUCGUUGUCCCGCAUUGGGCUCUUGACCAACUCCGUUUCCAAUAGGCCCACGUUGAAUCGAGGAUGUCUACUGUGGUAUUGCGGGGGAAAUAGAGGUACAAUCAAACACUCGCGCUUUUUGACCAAGACAGAUUCCCGCUUCCAUCCCCAUCCAGAAUCUUACUUUCCAUCGCUGAAUCCAGUCUGUCUCGUUCUUCGUCUCUAAAGAGCAGCUGAUCACGAAAGUCAAUUUUGCGGCUUGCAGACGCGAGAUCAUCUCAGCUGAGAGUGGUGGCUAACCCAACAAGGCAAAACCACCAAAGACGGCGAUACCAGUACCUACUGGAUACGACACCAUAUAAGACACCAAUCUCUUCCAGGUAGAGAAACCGACUCUUUAAACUACGAAGCUGUAAAUUCACUGCCAUACUCCAUCACAAGGCUCCAGCACCCGAAUCAAAGAUGGCAGCCUCUAACGGUACCAACGGCACCAACGGGACUCCUAUGUCCGCCCAUGUCACCGUCGACGAAUUCGUCGAACAAAGCUAUGACUACAUCAUCUGUGGCGGUGGAACAGCCGGCCUUACAAUCGCGGCUCGCUUGACCGAGAACCCAGAUGUGACCGUCGGAGUGAUUGAAGCUGGUGCGAAUCGUCUGGGGGACUUUCUUGUCGAUACUCCUGCCCUCUUUCUUCAGAUGUUCAAUAAGCCAGAAUAUGACUGGGCCUUCAAAAGCACUCCGCAGAAAGGAAAUAAGGACAAAAUCCAUCACAUACCUCGCGGCAAGCUCCUAGGCGGCUCAAGCGGAAUCAACUAUAUGAUGUACGUCCGAGGCUCUGACAAAGACUACGACGACUGGGCCGAGCUCGCCGACGACCCGUCCUGGUCCUCGGCCAAUAUGAAGCAAUACAUGCGCAAACACCAGACGCUCGAACCCAUGGACGAACGCGUGACCGAUCGAACCUGCAUGCCGUUCGUGGGCGAGAACCACGGCACUUCCGGACCUGUGCGCACGUCGUUCAACGACUUCCGCCUCCCCAUCGAAGACGACAUUGUCAAAGCCGCUGACCAAGCCACCGGCUUCACCAAGAAGCCCAUUGACCCCUGGUCCGGCGACCACAUCGGCUUCUACAACACCCUCGGCGCCGUCGCCCGUACAGGGCCCGACAAAGGCAAACGCUCCUACGCCGCGCGAGGCUACUUCCAAGCCAACGCGCACCGGCCCAACCUCAAACUCAUCACCGAGUCCCUAGUCUGCCGCGUCCUACUCGACAAUGGCAAUGACAAUGACGCCAAACCCGACGGUCGUCGCGCGACGGGCGUCGAAUUCCAAACACAAAACGGUACACGCCACACCGUCACCGCAAAGCGCGAAGUCAUCGUGGCCGGCGGGGUCAUCAACUCGCCUCAAAUCCUCGAGCUCAGCGGCAUCGGCGACCCGGACGUGCUCCGCGCCGCCGGCGUCGAAUGUCUCGUGCCGCUCCCCAGCGUCGGGACGAAUUACCAAGACCACGUGGCCAGCGCGACGGUCUACCACCUCGCGCCGGGCCACAUGUCCGGCGACGCGAUCUUCACUCCCGACGUCAUGGCGGCCGCGCAGAAGCAGCUCAUCGAGGAACAAGGCGGACCGCUGACGGCCGUCCAGUCCGUCCAGGGUUUCUUCCCGGUGUCCAUGUUCCUCGAGCCGGGCGAGAUGGACGAGAUCAUCGCCAGCAUCGAAUCCACGACGCCCUCCUCAGAUUUUCAACGGAAACAAUGGGACCAGGUCAAGGCGCACAUCCAGGACGCGAAAUCCGCCAACCUGCAGCUCGUCUUCCUGGCCGGCACGGUCGACAUGGCCAACGGCGCGGCCGACCAGAGCCUACUGAUGACGCCACCGCCCGCCGACGCGCCCAACGGCAUCACGCUCGCCAUCUGUCUCCAGUACCCCGUGUCGCGCGGGUCCAUCCACAUCAAAUCGUCCGACCCAACCAAACAUCCCGAGAUCAACCCGAACUACCUGACGCACCCGGCCGACGUGGCCGUGCUGGCCGCGGGCGUCAAAUUUCUCGAGAAAAUGAUCUCCUCGCCCGCCCUCCAGGGCAAGGUGGGCCAGCGCAUCGGCCCGCCCGUCCCGAGCCUGGAGACCAUUGACCAGCGCCGCGCCGCCGUGCAGGAGUACUGUAUGGGCGAGUACCACAGCUGCGGGACCUGCGCCAUGGGAGACACGGUUGACUCGCGGCUGCGUGUCAAGGGACUAAAAAACUUGAGAGUCGCGGACGCCAGUGUGUUUGCGAACAAUGUCAGUGGCAAUAUCGUGAGUACCGUGUACGCGAUCGCCGAGAAGGCGAGUGAUAUGAUCAAGCAGGACUGGGAUUAUGCCGCGCUGAAUACCUUGAAGGCCGAAACUUGAUAGCGUGCACGCAGGAUUGGAAUUAUGCCGUGCUGAAUAAGAACGUAUGAUGGUCAAUAUGUCGUAUGAGAGAUAUAGAUGCCAAGGGUUUAGGCGAGACCGCUCAGCACGCAGGAGGAGUAUAACCUCUUAUCUUAUCCUAUCCUUGCAGAGUUCCCGGAUUGACCAAGGCUCAAUGCAAUGUAACCCCCGUAGCACACCUUUUCUAAGCGCCUGCGCUCGACAUGCAGAAC